AGCGGCGGAACAAGUCGCGAUUAUCCGCUGCCAGGGCACCCCAAUGUCUUGGCCCGGCCUUAUCUCUGGCUUUCACUUCCGGAACUCGGCUGCGACGACAACUACAGGAACGAAGUGCCAGGCUCACCAGCACCAGCACCACGACCAGCACCACCACAACCACAGCCACCCCCACAAUCUGCAUUCACAUUCUCCACCCACAGCCGGCCACCCGGCGAUUGCAAAUCGGAAUGCUGCAGUCAGUGCUCCGGGGUAAGUGAAUCGACGCGCGACUGGCAAUGGAAUUCGGCGGAGAUUCCACCAGAGGCGAGAUUUGGGAGCGGGAGCCAUAGCCAUAGGCAUUGCCAUAGCCAUUGCCAUUGCCAUUGCCAUCCGCACCUGGUAGUGCCCCGCCAUGAUUGUGAUGAGCAUCUGGUGCAGCAGCCUCAGCCUGAGCAGCCGCAGCCUGGCCAUCGCCGUGGUCGUCUGCCUGACCCUGGUCUACUUCUCCUACAGCUUCAACGCCUGCAUCCUGGCCAGCAUCAGUCGCAGUCUGCAGCAGAGCAACUUACGCAAUCUACUGGCGCUCACAUCCUCGCCCCGCAACGAGACCAGUGACGCGGGAAGCAGCAGCAGUAGGAGCAGCAGGAGCAGCAACAGCAACAGCAACAGCUCAUCCUCCACCACCAGUGCUCCUCCGGUGCAGACGGUGACCAGCAGCCUGGAUGGGGCGCCCAAGUAUCAGCUGCUCCGGCAGCAGGGCCUCCGACCAUCGCGCCACCUGCCCGACACGCUCAUCAUCGGCGUGAAGAAGAGCGGGACGCGGGCGCUGCUCGAGUUCAUCCGACUGCAUCCGGAUGUUCGGGCCGCCGGCUCCGAGGUGCACUUCUUCGACAGGCACUACCAGCGCGGCCUGCGCUGGUACCGCCACCACAUGCCCUACACCAUCGAGGGCCAGAUCACCAUGGAGAAGACGCCCAGCUACUUUGUCACCAAGGAGGUGCCGCAGCGCGUCUACCACAUGAACCCGGCCACAAAAUUGCUGAUUGUGGUCCGGGAUCCGGUGACGCGGGCCAUCUCCGACUACACGCAGGCGGCGAGCAAGAAGGCGGACAUGAAGCGCUUCGAGCAGCUGGCCUUCGUGAACGGGAGCUACGCGGUGGUGGACACGAACUGGGGCCCGGUCAAGAUCGGCGUGUACGCCCGCUUCCUGGAGCGCUGGCUGCUCUACUUUCCGCUCUCGCAGCUGCUCUUCAUCAGCGGCGAGCGGCUGAUUAUGGACCCCGCCUACGAGAUUGGCCGCGUCCAGGACUUUCUCGGCCUGAAGCGCGUGGUCACCGAGAAGCACUUCUACUUCAACGCCACCAAGGGCUUCCCCUGCCUCUUCAAGUCGGAGGCCCGCUCCACGCCCCACUGUCUGGGCAAGACGAAGGGGCGCAACCAUCCGCACAUCGAUCCCGGGGCCAUCGAGCGUCUGCGGGAGUUCUACCGGCCCUUCAACAACAAGUUCUACCAGCUGACGGGCAUCAACUUCGCCUGGCCAUAGGAUCCACCACGACUGGUAUAUGGCCAGCAUACCGGAAAUUAAUGGAGUUAAAAAUAUAAAAAAAAGGAGAUAAUGUUGUUGCUGGCCAGGCAACGGACUGAUAUUGUUGAUUGCAUUUUUGAUACAUAUAAUUGUACUUAUAUAUAGUAUAUACACACGUAAACUUAGUGCUCAAUUAAUUGUAGCUUUAUCAGGAGACAAAUUCAACGAAGUGCGUCCUUCACAAAGUAUGCACUCAAAAACAAUACGGUUCCUCUAUCCAACUCAAAUGAAAAUCAACUCACUUUCCCCACUAUACUCAAAAAUCAAAACAGUGGGUGGGCCACCAGGAUCGCUCGGAGAUGAAAGUGGUGGACUUAUACUGCCCACUGUGCACCCACUGUGCACACACCUAAGAUAAAUAUGUGCAUUUAUAUACAAAUAGUGAACAAAUAGAGCUUACUACGAAAUUCCUACAGUCUCCUAUAUAGUAUAUAUAUAUAUUACAUAAAUAGUUCCAAGAAUUUCAAUUGCAUGACUCAACCAAUACAAUUGCUUAGCUAAUUUCAAUUAACACACAACAUAAAUAAAUCCAUUUAAACUAAAUCUUGUCAACUGAAAAUCGUCAUUGUUUCAU